UCUUAUUAUUUCUGUGUCUGUGUUAUUAUUUCAGACAUCAGAUAUUUCUCAUCUAUAUUAAAUGUUUUCUACACAUUUGAUCAUUUUAGAAAAUGUUUGAAGGAUUUUUACACGCACCCCUGCUCUCAUCAGACAGAACCUCGAUUGGGAAACACUGGAGCUCUGACAGUUGUUCGUGCUGAAUGAAGUCAUGAGAUAAUAAAUGAAGAAUAAACGGUUAGGAAGUGAAAGUGAAAGUCAGUCUCCAUUUUGUGUGGAGGGGAAAAUACAGCAUUUCAGGAGUAAAAACACAGCUGUUUUAUGACUUGAUACAGAGACUAUUUCCUGUAAGUGAACUCUGUGCUGAUACAGGGUUUGAUUUAACACACCGAUGUUGGAGUGAAGUAAACGUGUGUCCUGCUGUAAUCUGGAGAAGGAGACAUGACCUCCAACAUCAGUGUGUCUGGAGAACAGGACUUAAAGAGAGACGAGAGAAUGAUGGAGGGAAAGAGAUCAGACUCACCAGAACCCAGCUGUGUGUCCAUGAAGAGUGACGAGUCAAUGGAGCAUCCACUUACCUUCAGAGACGGAGCCAGUUCUCCUGAUGUGAGACCACAACAGAAGAAAUCAAACCUCAGCAGAAAUCAGUUGGACUCCAUAUUCAAGGAGCUGGAACACAAAGUCAUCACUCUGAUAAAGAAUGAGCUGGAGAGGUUUAGGAAGCUCCUGAGUCCAGAUUACCCAGCAUGCACUGAGAGGGAGGUGGAGGAUGAGGAGGAUCUGCACAGUGUCAGAGACGGAGCGCUGAAGAUCACACUGCACGUCCUGAAGAACAUGAACCACACAGAUCUCGCUCACACACUGCACAACAAGUCUGUGGCCUCUGUGUAUCAGACAAAGCUGAAAUCCAGCCUGAGAGAGAAGUUUAAAAGAAUUAAUGAAGGAAUCUCACAGCAUGGAAGCUCAGCACUUCUGAAUGAGAUCUACACAGAGCUCUACAUCACAGAGGGUUGGAGUGGAGACAUCAAUAAUGAACAUGAGGUGAGACAGAUUGAGACAGCGUCCAAGAGACCAGCAGCACAGGAGACACCCAUCAAAUGUAAUGAUCUCUUUAAAGACAAGUCCAUCAGAAGUGUGCUUACUAAAGGAGUUGCUGGAAUUGGAAAAACAGUCUCUGUGCAGAAGUUCAUUCUGGACUGGACUGAAGGAAAAGCAAAUCAGGACGUCACCUUCAUGUUUCCACUUCCCUUUAGAGAGCUGAAUCUGAUGAAGCAGGAACAUCUCAGUCUGAUGGAUCUUCUUCAUCACUUUUUCCCUGAAAUGAGAAAACUACAAUUAAUAGACUUCUACAAAGUGGUGUUGAUCUUUGAUGGUCUGGAUGAGUGUCGACUUCCUCUAAAUUUCCAGAAGAAUGAGAGACUGUGUGAUGUGACAGAGUCAGCCUCAGUGGAUGUGCUGCUGACGAACCUCAUCAAGGGGAAUCUGCUUCCCUCUGCUCUCCUCUGGAUAACCUCUCGACCAGGAGCAGCCAAUCAGAUCCCUCCUGAGUGUGUAGACCAGGUAACAGAGGUACGAGGGUUCAGUGAUCCUCAGAAAGAGGAGUACUUCAGGAAGAGGAUCAGUGAUCAGAGCCUGGCCAAUAAAGUAAUCUCACACAUGAAGUCUUCAAGAAGCCUCUACAUCAUGUGCCACAUCCCAGUCUUCUGCUGGAUCUCAGCCACUGUUCUAGAGAGAAUGUUGGGUGAAGCAGAGAGUGGAGAGAUCCCCAAGACUCUGACUCAAAUGUUCACACACUUCCUGAUCUUUCAGAUCAAACACAAGGAGCAAAAGUACCAUCAGAAAUGUGACCCUGAUCCUGAUCCUCCUGAGUGUUCAGGAGUUUCUGGCUGCUUUAUAUGCAUUUUUCUGCUUUUAUUUUUAGAAAGACAAAUGUGUUAGUGGAGCAAAGCACUGGACUUUUUAAUUUCUUCAGAAAGUCAGACAUGUCUGAUCUCCUCAGGAGUGCAGUGGACAAGGCCUUACAGAGUGAGAACGGACACCUGGACCUGUUCCUCCGCUUCCUUCUGGGUCUCUCACUGGAGUCCAAUCAGACUCUCUUACGAGGGUUAAUGCCACAGACAGGAAGCAGCUCUCACAGCAAACAGGAAACAGUCGAGUACAUCAAGGAGAAGAUCAGGAAGAAUCCAUCUCCAGAGAAAUCCAUCAAUCUGUUCCACUGUCUGAAUGAACUGAAUGAUCAUUCUCUAGUGCAGGAAGUACAGACUUACCUGAACAGAGGAGGUCACAGUCGUCUCAGUGGAACCAUACUCUCUCCUGCUCAGUGGUCAGCUCUGGUGUUUGUGUUACUGAACUCAGAUCAGGAGCUGGAUGAGUUUGAUUUGAGGAAAUAUGACCCAUCAGAGGAAUGUCUUCUGAAACUGCUGCCAGUGGUCAAAGCCUCCAGAAGAGCUGAGCUGUGUGUGUGUGUAAACUGACAGAGGAAAGCUGUAGAGUUCUGUCCUCAGUUCUCAGAUCAAACUCCUCCAGACUGAGAGAACUGAACCUGAGUGACAAUAACCUGCAGGAUUCAGGAGUGAAGCUGCUCUCUGCUGGACUGGAGAAUCCACACUGUACACUGGAGACACUGAGGAUGUGUAACUGCAGGAUUACAGAUGAAGGUUGUGCUGCUCUGGCUUCUGCUCUGAGGUCAAACUCCUCAUCACACCUGAGAGAACUGAAUCUGAACGAUAAUAAUCCAGGAGAAUCAGGAGUGAAGCUGCUCUCUGAUCUACUGAAGGAUCCACACUGUAACCUGGAGACACUACACAUUAACUAUAAUACACUCACCAGGACUGGCGUAUGACAGGAGUCUCACCUCAAACCUCUUCUCCAGGAUACUGCAGUCUUGGUGAAGAGUUAGAACCCGUCCCACAUUUCCAGCAGUUUUGGAGCUGAAUCAUUAAACUUAAAGGGGCAGAGCAGAAACAAAGUCAAGAACAGGCAGAAGGUCGUACACAGGAGAAAUCAACACACGUAACCAAAUAUCUGCUGUACAAAGCAACGGCACCGAUCUGCCCCGGGGAUGGAGACUGACGAGGCUUAAGUACACGUCCGGAAAUGUACAGCCAACUCAUCCCAAAGCACAAGGCGGGAGCAGACAUGUACAAGAUGUGAUAGUCCAAUGGCAAGCCGGAACAUGACGCAUCGCAGUGGACUGGGCUUAAAAGAGGAGGAGACAAGACACCCAUCCCUCCCCCGACAUAGACACACGAAUGGAACAUAGUACAAACAGAAAUACAACUGAGGACGUAACAAUGGCCAAGUAUCAAAUAAAAUGUAAACGUGCAUUGAUGAAGGUAAUGUUGUUAGUAAUUGUUAUAAAUUACCAUGGUAACACAGAGCUCCAAGGUAUAAAAAUAUGGAGUUUGUCAUCAACCAAACAGUAACCAGUUUUAAUACCUAAAAAAGUUUACGUAGCCAAAUUUAGCAAAGCGCUUUACAGUAAAUUAAAAUGUAAAUUAAACUAAUGAAAUGUUGUGCAGCACAUGCUUAUGUUAAUGUUUGUUUCAUUAUAUGAUCAUAUAAAUAAAUAAAUACUCCCAAAGUCACCAGAAUUGAAAGCUUUGGUGCUGUUAAACAUUUAGAGAUUGAGGUUGUGGUGACUCAGUAUUUCACUCAGUAUAUCUGGGUAAGACACAGUGAACGACUCACUGUUGGCAUUCAUGAAGAAGUCAUAAACUCCACUGGAAUAAUAAAUAGGAUCUAAUAAAAUCAUGAGUGGAAAUUAUUGGUGUAAGUUUGUUAGGAUAGACUUCCUCCAACCUGGAACUAUAUCCUCCAGUCCACGCGGUGGCGGUAACGCGCCUAACAGCUGCGUCUCCGACCAGUAGAAAUCACAGAAGAAGAAAAAGCUGCAGCGGGUAUCUCCUGAGCAGUUGAGUUAUUACACCGAACUAAUCAUCUCCAGAUUAAAUUAUUUCUGACAGUUUUACAGUUAGAUUUGAUCCAGUUUAAAAGUAAAAGCUGGUUAUUUUGUCUGUGUUUGUGGAAUUAAAACUCCGUUCUGUUUUUAAACCCGAGUGUCCAAAGCCCAGGCUGACCCCCCACCCCUUCAACCUUUGCAGCAAUGCUGGCAGCACUAUUUCCCAAAGACAACCUCUGGAUAUGACGCUGAGCACGUGCACUCAACUUCUUUGGUCGACCAUGGCGAGGCCUGUUCUGAGUGGAACCUGUCCUGUUAAACCGCUGUAUGGUCUUGGCCACUGUGCUGCAGCUCAGUGUCAGUGCCCAAAGCCCGUGGUGGUGGCAGUGCAUGGUGUGUGUGUGGGAGCAGGAGUGGAUCUAAUCACAGCCUGUGAUAUUCGUCUGUGCACACAGGAUGCCUGGUUUCAGGUGAAGGUAUGAGGAACAUUAAUUUGCCAUACAUUGCUUGCUUACAUGUUUACACCAAAAUCUGUAAACAAGUUAUUUUUGUCCAUAUGAUCAUAUAUAGAGAUAGUAAGUGAUGAGAAGAUAAGAAUGGGCUGAUUGUUCUGACUUGUACAAGCCCCUAUGAAAGAGUUGACCACAAGGGGGCACACUCUGAACAAUUAUUUACAUUAGCAGUUUGUUGAAGAUUAAAUAAACCACAGUGAGCAUCAGAUGUCUGGUUUUAAUACAAAGUGGACUAUUUUAUGAUAUUACCAUCUUGUCAUUUAUCAAAGAAGAGCUACAAAACCUGAAAUUUGUUCAUUUUUAGACAGAAAAAUUCUGCAGUGUAGCUGUUCUAGUGGGCUUUCACACUGGAAGUUUACUCCAAAACAGAGCAGUUUGCAUGAAAAGUUGGUAAUGUGACCGUCGUAAUGUGCACUGGGAAGUGCACUGCGGUACCGAACCCGAGACUACCUGUAGAAAGUGGUCCGAGUUCAGUUACAAUGGAACUGUGAAUGUGAAUUGUCCCAUGAAUGUGAACGUAACUUGUAUCCGGGUCCGCACUUGUUCAGGAAGUAGAGUAACCUGUGCUGAAGGCCUGUUGUGGUGAUGACGUGUCAUGACAUGUUUUGACCCAAAUCUGCAGUAACUUUGAAAAAGUGGAAGCUCCUCUGAAUAUUGUGGAGUUUCUUGAUUUUGCGUUAAUUUCUGUGAUCACAAAAAGAUGAAAUUCUGGACUGACACAGAAGAACGAUAACAGAAGAAUGUGACUUUGGGUUGUACCAUGUAUUUUAUUUUAUUUUUUUUCAUGUAGCUUAAUUAUUUAGUAUAAAUGAAGGCAAGUGUGUGUUCUGUUCAUCUCUGCAGUCGUGUGUUCCCUGAUAGUCAAUGAUUGCUGGAGCUCUGGAAAUAGCAGGUGAGAUUGCAGGCCGGAGUCCCGUCGCUGUCCAAGGAACCAAAAUCAACCUCCUCUACUCCUGAGACCACAGUGUAACUGAGAGCCUAGACUACAUGGCUACUUGGAACAUGAACAUGUUGCAGACACAGGAUCUUAUGAAGUCAGCCCAGGCAGCCCUGGAAAAGAAGAGUCUGAAAGACGUGCCCUUCUCCAAGCUAUAAAGGAGAAGAUCCAGGGCUGUUGAAGCUGUGGUGGAAUUAAGACUUCAUCAUCCACAUAUCUUCAGUUCUUCUUGCUAAGUCUGUUUCUUUUUAGUCUUUUUAUUUUUAGACUGGUCAAAAGACCGAUUAGUGUAAGUUAAAUGAUAGAUGAACUUUUAAUUAUUUGCUUUAUUAUUUGCAGGUGCUUUGUACAGUAAGACAGGGUAACUAAUACUCAAAAGCUUGUUUUGUGUGUUAACAUGUACAGUAGAUGUACAUAUUUCUUCUGGUCCUGUGUGACUGCAGAAUGUAGUGCAAUUAACACAGUAAAUUUCCUUGGAUGCUCACUUUUAACUCGAGGAGGUCACAGUUUGCCCAGACAUCUUUUUUUAAAUCCGUCAAUCCGUCACCCACACGUCAUUCUGGGGGACAAAGAGGAGGAAGCUGGACUGAUAAAUUUAUUUAUUUAUUUAUCAUUGCUGUUUUUCCUCAAUCGAGUGCAGAAAGAAGAGAAACAACACAACUGAUUUAAAAUAAAAAUAUAGAAAACAAUCUAAUGUAAAGUUCUGAUCCGGUUUGCUUUCAGCAGGAAGGCUGUCCUCUUUCCUGUUGCUCUUUCCCUUCCAUUAGUCCAUUUGUUGAGUCUGAAUCGGUUUGAUUCAUUUCGAGACGAUUCGGAGUCAAAUAAUUUUCUAGUGAGCGUCGAACACUUCCAAACGAACUAGACUGAGAUGAGUAUUUGAUUCUCACUAGAAAGUGAUUCGACUCUGAAUCAACUCGAAAUGAAUCAGUCAAACUGAUUCAGACUCGAUAAAAGGACUAUGAGAUGUGAUUAAGAUAUAUAUUCCAAUGUUUUGCUUUACAAUUCCACUGUGUGUGUGUGUGCGCGCACGUGUGUUUUUCAGGAGAACGAGAAACUCGGACACAACAGUACAUCCUGACCAUUGGUACUGUGUACACAUCAACAUACACACACGUCUCCAUGCUGGACAUCUCAGGAGCUUUCACACACAGUGCUAGGAAUAUCACGGGACAGAGAAACGCACCUCCAAAGUGAGCGAGUUUAGUGUCAACCGGUGAAAUUUGCUGUAGCGUGAACGCUUCGCCUCUGUAAGCUUCACUCUCCGUCAGGUUCACUGUAAUUAGACAUAAAAUGUACAUAAUGUUUAUUUUUCAUACAUUUAGGAUUUAAUGUUUUUUUUUUGUUUUUUUUUACUCUUUGAGGAACAGAAAUGAUCUUUCGAGGCAGCUUCUUCAUCACUACCUGCUCUGUUUGACUCAAAAAUGUAACGACCGGUUUCAAAAAGUCACGAUGUCUUCAGUUCAUGUGAUUUUACUGUUGAAUUUAAACAGGAAAUGUGAAAUAUUUUUGUUCCUUUGUUUCCUCUACUGUCUUUUUGCUGUGAUCUUGAACACAGUUGUAAUUUUUUUUAAAUAAUAAAUAAAUUAUCGUUCUAUUCUUUCUCACUUUCCUUGUCCUAAUUGUCCUGUAUCUGUUCAAUCCGUUUCAUCUCUGGUCUUUCUGUCUGUAUGAACACUUGUAGAAAUGACUUGUAGUCCAUAUUUUUAAAUGAUUCAUGAUUUUGAAUUUAAAUAAAGAUAUUCUUUAA